UAUCAACGUCAUACAAAGGCUCCAAGUCGGAAUCUCAAAAAAAGACAGGUGAUAGAUCAAAAGGAAUUACCUGGAGAAGAGAUAAAAAAUCAAAAUACAAAUAUGAGCUGUACAUUAGAUUCAACUUACAUAGUUACUUCAGGACAUUGCGCUGAUCUGGACCAUCAAUUUUCUUAUAAAGGAAAAGUAAUUGGUA